ACUCGCUCUUGCACUCAACCGCGUACCGUUAUCUGGGCCAAACUGUCAUCUAGAUCCCAUCUUCUCCACCCGAAAACCGGGCUUUCUCCAACCGUACUCGGCGGGCCUCGGUGAUAUUCUCAGCGGGCCGAACGCAGAGCUCACCUCCUCUGUUUUUCUAAGGGGAGAAACAGCGUUUAUCAGGACAUAUUCUCUGCAAUUACCACGAAGGCGCAAGACUGUGUUCCUCUCUGGCGCCCUUAUCUCACACUCUGCUAACCCCUUCUGCUUUCACCUCCCCCCUCUCUCUCUCUCUCUACCCUCUCUCUCUCUCUCUACCCUCUCUCUCUCUCUCUACCCUCUCUACCCUCCCCCUACAGAUGAAGCUGGACAGGGGUUGGAUGUGGUGCCUGCUGCUCCUGUCCUCCCUGGCCGGGGCAGCUGCGGCGGCCCAGGAGAAGCAGUUGGAGCUGGAUGUUUCGGACGUCGAUGAAGACAUGGGGCUGGACGACGAGGAAUUGAAUGUUCUGCUGGCGGGAGAGGAGGAGGAGGAGGAGGAGGAGAUGGAAAUGGAGAUGGAGGAGGAGGACGAUGAGGCGACAGUGAUGGAUGAAGAUCAUGGUGAUAAGACAGACGGUACAGCCAGUGCGAAGGCUGGAGUGGAUGCUAACGUCUCCUUCCAGGUAACUUACAAGACUCCUGUUCCCACUGGAGACGUCUACUUUGCAGAGACUUUUGAUGAUGGAUCCCUAGACAGAUGGCAGCAGUCAAAGACGGUGAAGGGGGAUGCAGAUGAUGACAUCGCCAAAUAUGACGGGAAGUGGGCUGUGGAGCAGCUGAAGGAGAACAAGAUUCCAGGAGACAAAGGUCUAGUGCUCAAGUCCCGGGCCAAACACCACGCCAUCUCCUCCCUGCUGAACAAACCCUUCGUCUUCCAGGACGAUACUCUGGUCGUACAGUAUGAGGUGAAUUUCCAGGAUGGUAUCGACUGUGGUGGCGCAUACAUCAAACUGCUCUCUGACACUGGAGAUCUCAAUCUGGAGCAGUUCCAUGACCGUACCGCCUACAGCCUCAUGUUUGGACCCGACAAGUGUGGCGAGGACUACAAGCUGCACUUCAUCUUCCGCCACCUCAACCCCCUGAACAAAGACACGGAGGAGAAGCACGCCAAGAGGGCCGACGUGGACCUCAAGAAGUUCUACACUGACAAGAAGACUCAUCUCUACACUUUGGUCCUGAACCCAGACAACAGUUAUGAGAUGUUCAUUGACCAGUCCAGCGUGAGCCGUGGCAGCCUUCUGCACGACGUCAUUCCCCCAGUCAACCCCCCCAAAGAGAUCGAUGACCCAUCUGACUCCAAGCCUGAAGACUGGGACGAGAGGGCCAAGAUUCCUGACCCCGAGGCCGUCAAACCAGAAGACUGGGAUGAAGAGGCUCCAGCUAAGAUUGAGGACCCUGACGCUCUGAUGCCAGAGGGCUGGCUGGAAGACGAACCAGAGUUUGUCCCCGACCCCAUUGCUGAGAAACCAGAAGACUGGGACGAGGAGAUGGACGGGGAGUGGGAAGCCCCGCAGAUUCCCAACCCGGCCUGUGAGACGGCCCCCGGCUGUGGGGAGUGGAACCGUCCCACCAUCAACAACCCUCUGUACAAAGGAAAGUGGAAGGCCCCUCUGGUGGACAAUCCCAACUAUCAGGGAGUCUGGAAGCCGCGUAGGGUCGAUAACCCGGACUAUUUCGAGGACCUGCAUCCGUUCAGGAUGACGCCUUUCAAAGCCGUGGGAUUGGAGCUGUGGUCCAUGACCUCAGAGAUCUACUUCGACAACUUCAUCAUCACCUCGCACAAGGAGGUGGCCGACCGCUGGGCCUCUGACAGCUGGGGGCUGAAGAAGCUGGUGGCCAGCGCCAACGAGCCGGGGAUUUUUGCUCAGCUGACGAUCGCAGCAGAGGAGCGGCCGUGGCUCUGGGUGAUCUACAUCCUGACGGUCGGCCUGCCGAUAGGGCUUGCUGUGCUCUUCUGCUGGCCAAAGAAAUCAGACGACGAAUACGUGUACAAGAAGGUGGAUCCUCCUAGAGCCGAUAUAGAGGAAGAGGAGGAGGAGGAUGAAGAAGAGGAAGUAGCAGAUGAAGGCAAAGCAGCCGAGGGAACAGAAGCAGCAGCAGCAGCUGCAGCAACCGAAGAGGCUGAGGACGAGGAGGAGGAGGAGGAGGAGGAGAGGAGGAGAGGAGGAGGAGGAGGAGGAGGACGAAGAAACCGAAGCAGGAGGUGACAAUCUAGAAGGGGAUGAUGAUGAUGAGGAGGAGGAGGAAGAAGAAGAGGAGGAGGAAGAGGAGGAAGAAGAGGAGAGCAAAGCUCCUGAGAGAACAUCAGAAAAGGAGAAGGAGGGAGGAGACAUCGCUGAGGAGAGCCACAAACAAGCCGUGAGGAAGAGGAGGGUACGGAAAGACUGAAGAGGUGAACCCCCCCCCCCCCAUGUCUACACUCUCCUCCUGGAGGGCCGUCUCUGCUGCUGCUGCUCCGCCUCCUCUGAGUGGAGCAGCAUGCGUUUCCUCCACACCACCUGGUAGCCUGCAGUCGUCGUCGUCCCCCCCCCCCCACACACACUACUUCCAGCUGCUCGCUCGCAGGGCAGUGUCUCCCAAACCAUAUCCUGCAUCCUCCCCCGUCUUGUUUCGACUCCCCCUUCCUGCCUGCUUAUCGAACUAUGAGAAGAAUCCUUUGGAGAUUCUGUGCAUUCUAGAUGUUUUUCCUCUUCUUUCCUGAGCUUUCCUUUUUUCCAUCCUUCUCUUCUCUAAGCCUUUGCUAGUCUAUAAAAAUCCCCCCACCCCACCCCACAAAAAAACUGUCCACUCCACUCGUUCCUUCCAUUACACUGCACAUGAUAUGGGCUACAUCUCACACGUUGGUUGUUUUCAUGUCCUUGAUUUCAAGGACAAGGUUCCUUCCUGUUUUUUUUUUGGGGGGGGGGGGGGAGAUGUUACUGCAGGACAUUUCAGUCGCCUCAGUUUAGGUUUAAAAGUUGACCUCUUCAAAACUCCCUGUUCUGUUUUAGAUUUUAGCUAGUUUGUAAAGAGCAUCAGUUGGUUUGAGUUAUAGCAAUGUAUCAAUGGAGGAUGAGCACAGCUGGUCCUACCUGUUUGUUUUAUGCUGGUAUGAAUUCAGUUUUAAUAACGCAGUGUUUCCAGAAAGGCAGUUUUCUUAAAUAUGAUACACCACUGGUGUGCUUAUUCUGAACCUAGGCCUGUUUGAAAUGCUUUACCUGAUUAAAAAAACAACAAAAAAAACACUGAAUGCCUUGGCCAUCAGUUAUCAAUAAGACUGUUUCUAACGGCUGGAUAUAUUAACCCUGUGAAAACACAUCUCGAUCAGUCAGUACACAGCAGUGCUUUCGCACAAUAUCAGUUCACAGCCCAGAUUGUUGCCUGGGGAAAACAUUGAUGCUAAUUUAUUUUGUUUUAUAUUAUUGUAUUGAGCUUUUGUAGUUCAUGGUCUUGCCAGACUCUGGCAGAUAUCCCUGUUUACAUUUGUUUGCAAAUUGUACAUUGCUCUUGGAAAUAAAAAUAUUUAAUACAAAUGAUGAAAGA